CAGCCUCUGUUUAAAUGAGGAGGCUGCAGGAAGAUCAGAGACAGUUGAGCUGAGAUCUCGUCCACUGAUCACCGAGUCUGUGCGUGGAGGGAGAAACACCUGUGGACGAUUCCUCUAAAAGCUGCAGAGACGGUGACCACCUGCUGACACAAGAGCGCUUGCGAGCGUUUCUCUCGAGGAUGGAGAAGUACGAGAAGAUUGGGAAAAUCGGCGAGGGCUCUUACGGAGUCGUCUUCAAGUGCAGGAACAAAGACACGGGACAAAUCGUCGCCAUCAAGAAGUUUGUGGAGUCGGAGGACGAUCCCAUCAUCAAGAAGAUCGCACUGAGGGAGAUCAGGAUGCUCAAGCAACUUAAACAUGCAAACCUGGUUAACCUGAUCGAGGUUUUUCGGCGCAAGCGGAAGCUCCACCUGGUGUUCGAGUACUGCGAUCACACGGUCCUCAACGAACUGGACCGACAUCCCAGAGGAGUUCCAGAACACCUUGUAAAGAGUAUAACCUGGCAGACGCUGCAGGCGGUGAACUUCUGUCACAAACAGAAUUGCAUCCACCGAGACGUCAAGCCGGAGAAUAUUCUCAUCACCAAACACCAAGUCAUCAAACUCUGUGACUUUGGCUUUGCCAGGAUUCUCACUGGUCCAUGUGACUACUACACAGACUACGUGGCCACUCGUUGGUAUCGAGCCCCGGAGCUGCUGGUGGGAGACACUCAGUACGGUCCUCCAGUGGACGUGUGGGCGAUCGGCUGUGUGUUUGCUGAGCUGAUGUCAGGGAUUCCUCUGUGGCCUGGAAAAUCUGACAUGGACCAACUGUACCUGAUCAGGAAGACGCUGGGAGAUCUGACUCCUCGACAUCAGCAGGUUUUCAGCAACAACCAGUUCUUCAGUGGAGUUUCCAUCCCAGAGCCACAAGAGAUGGAAACUCUGGAGCAGAAAUAUCCAAACCUCUCACAUCAAGCUCUGAGUCUCAUGAAGGGUUGUCUGAGGAUGGACCCGUCUGAGCGGCUGACCUGCGAGCAGCUCCUCCUGCAUCCGUACUUCGACAGCCUGCGAGAAAAACACGAGAGUGCUUCUCGCGAGCAGGAUCGCUCCGGCAACAAGAGGACGCGCCAUCCUCGCAAACAACUUCCUCCUGGGUAUUUGCCUCAGCUGACGGGCAGCAGCAUCUUCCCGUCUCUGGACAAUAAGAAAUACUACAACAACCUGCGCAGGUUCAACUAUCAUUUACCAAACAUCUAAAACAACCCCAGUGUGUUUUGAAUUCAAAUCCAAACACCACCAACCACCUGCGUUCCCUUAAAAACUCUGGUGAUGCCUUCCAGCAUUCAAGAGGAUUCCAUCACUUUGUUGUUGUUUUUAAAUAUGUGUUUUCCACAUGAAAGUGUGUCUUCUACGUCACAUCUAUGCACUAUUUUCAGCACAUUGUGACUCAGACGUGUUGAUUCAAGCUCAUUUGUUUGCAUUUUGUUUCGCUGUACAAAGACAAGGAGCAAUGUGUUGCUCUGCUCGUAGCCGCUGAGUAGACUGAAGGUAAAAUGACGACAGACUGCCUUGCCUGGUUUUGCCAAAUGUAUUUUUUUAUAACGAUGGACCAUGUUGAGAGUGACAUGUCUUAGUAGUCGAGUUUUAUGUCGUCUUUUGUCUUGAAUAUGACUGACUUUUUUUUUUUGUCACGUAUAAUGACUAAUGAGCAUUUCUGGAAAUAUUUAUUGACAUCAGGAGUGAAUACAACUCACUUUAACUAGCAUUUAGCGUUAGCAACCCCACAUUGUACUCUUUGUCUCUGGUGCUAAUGAUGUUUUCAGCCAUCUGUCUGUCUGAAUAUUGUACAAAUGCCAAAUUGAUCUAAAGAGAAAUGAUAUGAAAGACUUAAAUCUUUAAAAUCCUCAA